GUGUUUUGGGCACAGAGCACCUGCCUCCCAAUGGAGUGUGUCGAUAGUGUACAAACAAAUUCCCAAAGAGUAGAGUUGAAAGGAGCCUCAAUAAUGUACUGUAUCUUGUGCAGUAUAUGAAGCAUUGAGCCCCAUUCUUUCAUCUUCUUCUCUCUAUAUCUGUUGCAGAAGAAAAAAUAAAAGAGAAACCAGAAGGUAAAGCCAAGUUCCUCAACAAAUUCGAGAGUAAAAAUCGAAACCCAUGUUUUGUAUUAAUCCAAAUUACGAGGGUUAUUCUCUAUAUUUGUUUUUGUUUUGGUAACUUCAAUCCUACCCAAGAUUUCGCUUUAUUUCCCCCAUAGCUGUGUGUUCGGUUGAUGAGAAAACUGAAGAAAAGAACGGAAAAUAAUUCUGAGAUUUUGCAUGUCCUCUAAUCUAUCACUCAAGAAAAGAAGAAAAAGUUAACCAUUUUUUUUUUUUUUUGGUUGAUUAGCGUCGUUAGGCGAAGUUUUGCUUGUUUUUUUGAACCUAGAACCAAAUGGGUAAUGCAGAUUGUCAGUUUUCUGUUCUUUCUCCGUUUCUGUUCUCCGGUUUCUCAGCAUCCAAACAGGGUUAUUAAUUUGUUUCUGGUUUUCUUUAUUUUACUAUAUUCUCAUAUAUAUUUUCUUUCCGGUUAAUGUUGUUUAGGUACUCUAAUCAGUAUUUUACGCAACCUAUUUGUUUGAAUCUUUUCAAAUAGAUAUAAAUGAAAUUGUUGAAUGGAGCUCUUUCACUUUUUCUAGUUAAUGCAAGCAGAAAGAAAAAAGAACACUGCCACUCUGUCUUUGAUGAGUAGAAUUUGAAAAUUGGAAAUGAAAAGCAUCCUUUGACAGAAGCCUGUUUUAGUUAUUGGCAUGCUUUUACUCUGCAGCUAUUUGUGAAUAGAAAGUAGAAUCAUAUGAGUUGUUUGUGAAUUUUUAGUUGUGCAAGAAGAAAUGUUCUAUUAUUUUCUCUUACAUAGUCCAAACUCCAAAACAUAUUCAGAAACUAGGAACUGAGGAACAAUACUGUUUAGAACUUCCCCAGUUCCCACGUUCGAAACUACAUCUCUUUUGAUGAUAUUUUCUUUAUCUUUUCUUUUUAACUUCCCCUUUACUGUUUUAAAGUUUGUACCAAUAAGGUAGGGAUAGGAUGAUGGCAGAAAUAUGGGACUAAUUUAGCAAUGAAAGACCCUGCUAUAGAAGAGGCCACAGCAAACACUAAAUAAUGGUCAAUUGCUAGAAGCACCAAUCCUCGCCCAGUUGGUAUUUGACCAUGUCGAGGCAUGCUCACCUUCCUCCCCGCUGCCCGUUUCAAAAGAAAAGUACAACCCGAUCGAUUUAUGACCCUUUGUCGCCAAGCUCAUGCAAAGAGUUGUACCCAAGACACCAAAAAUCCAUAUCUCAAAGCUCCAUAUUAGAGGAGCAGCCAGAAUGGCUCGACGACCUGUUGGGUGAUUCGGACGCAAAUACAAAAGGGACACUCCACCGGCGAUCAGUUAGUGAUUCAAUGACCCUCUUGGAUGGCCUUGUCUCACUUAAUGAUGAUGACAGUUCAGUUUCCAGUGAAACUGGUAGUGGCUUUGAGUCAGGUUGUAUGUACGGUCCUAAUUCCCCUCGGAGCAAAGGGAAAUUUACCUUUCCAGAGAGUACCAUGGUUUCAGCAUUAUCAGAUUGUCUCUUUCAAAACCCUAUGGAGUAUUUAGAUGGUGGUCUUUGUGCUUCUGGAAUGGUGCAUUGUGAAGUGCAAGAUGGAAGCGGCUUAGCUGGGGAGGCUAAUGCAGAGUCAAAGGCAGAUAAAAGGCAUUCUGGGCAACGCUCAAGGGUUCGUAAACUCCAAUAUAUUGCUGAACUGGAAAGAACUGUUGAUGUUCUACAGACUUUAGAGUCAGAGUUAGCUGUUCGCGUUGCUUCUCUUCUUCAGCAACGUGCUGCUUUGUCAAUGGAGAAUGGUAAAUUAAAGCAGCAGAUGGCCAGACUUAAGAAGGAAAAAGUGAUUGGGGGUGGUCGGUAUCAGUCUCUGAAGAAAGAACUAGAGAGGUUGAAAAUUCGUGUAGCUUAUUCCUCCAGUGGAGACGUUGAAAAAGAUUUCAGGUCAAGCUCUGCAGCAGAGGGAGUUAGCUUAGAUGCUGCUUGGCAGAUGCUGGACAUAGGAAAACUUAACCUUAACGCAAGAAACUGAUGUCUUUUGGAACAUUUGCAUCAUUGCUCCGGGGACGUUAUAGAAAAGCAGAAACCACAGUGAAGCUGAUCAGGUUUGGCCGCCGAAUUCUGCACUUGUUAUCGUCCGGUGAUCUCAUCUUUUAGGAGUUCAUGUACAUCGAGUAGACGUGAUUUUCUUUCCUUCUUCUUCCCUUUCUGCUACUGUAAGGUUUCUUUUGCAGUAAAGAUAAGGCAUGGGGUGAAUUUAAGCAUUUGCUGCAAUUCCCUUGAAAGGAUAUCCCUUCCAAAUUUGGUUACCUAGAAAGGAAGGAAGCUUGAGGGCGUUUAUCAACGUUUCGUUUCACUAGAUUUGACAAUGUUAAUAUCGAUGGUCUUCUUAAGAUCAAGGGUUUAGGUUGGUUGAUGAGAAUAGGAAUGUGGCUUCGCCUUCCCUUAUUA